AUGCUUGCUUACUGUCACAAACCAAGAAUCUCAUUUCUCAAAACCAUUAAAAACCAUCUCACACUUUUUCAGUUCAACACAUCAAGAACCCUUGCAGUUUUAUCAACAGCAGAUGAUAAAACCCCCAAAAAUGAACCAAAAUACCAUGACUUUACUGUCAAUUACCUCAAAAAAACACUUGGGUUGUCCCCAGAAAUUGCUAAUUCAACUUCUUUGAAGGUAAAGCUUGGAUCUUUACAUGGGCCAGACUCAGUUGUGGCCCUCCUCAGAGCCCAUGGAUUUGAUAGUACCCAACUUUCAAGAAUCAUCACCAGAGUGCCCAAAUUGUUGGUGGUUAAUGCUGAUGAAAUUAUGGAGCCAAAGCUCAAAUUUUUUGCAUCUGUUGGUAUUACAAAUGAGGUACUUGCAUCAAACCCUAAUUUGUUAGAGCAUAGUUUAGAUAAUAAGUUGAUCCCAUCUUAUGAUUUUUUCAAGAGUAUGAUGCUUUCGGAGAAACAGAUUGGUAGUAUUUCGAGAUAUUUUUCGUGGGCUUCUGCAUCGAAGUUGCAACAUUGUGUCGCCCCUAAUGUUAAAUUACUGAAAGAAAUUGGAGUUAGUCAGAAACAUAUAUCCUUCCUCAUAUGUAGAAAUUCUAGGAUAGUCGGCUUAGGGACUCAUAAGUUCAAGGAACUUGUGGACGAGGUUGUGGCGUUAAAAUUUGAUCCAUCGAAGGGGGUUUUUGUUCGUGCAUUGGCUAUAAUGUUUGCGAGGACUAAAUUGGUGUGGGAACAAAAGGUUGAGAUUUAUAAGAGGUGGGGUUGGUCUGAGCAAGACGUGUUAUCAGCAUUUAGAUUGGAUCCACAUUGUAUGAGUAAAUCCGAGAAGAAAAUCAUGAGUGUGAUGGAUUUUCUUGUUAAUAAGAUGGGAUUUCAGUCUACUGCAAUUGCUAGAAGUCCAGUGGUGUUAUCUUUGUCAUUAGAACUGAGAAUAAUUCCGAGGUGUUCAGUAUUUAGUGUUUUGCGGAUGAAAGGUUUGAUAAGUGAGGAUUUAAGUUCAUUUGCGUUCACGUUUUUGGUUCUUACAGAUAAUGAAUUUGUCGAUAAGUUUAUUACCAAGUACCAAGAACAACUUCCUCAGUUAUUGUCUGUCUAUAAAGGUAAACAUGAAAUCCUGAACUUGUGA